UUGUUUUCAUUUUUAAUCCAUUACAGUUUCUACCAAAUGCGGGCGGAACGUGUCGAAUGGUUUGCCUACAGAGAUCCAUUUUUACCAGAAAUACAGGCACUGCUGAAGUUGGGCGUCUUUUUGCCCGUCGAUGGUGUGGAUUCAAAGAAUCGUAAGGUGGUGAUAAUACGCGCAGCCGUGCAUGAUCCCAAACAACAUUCCCAGAAUAACGUUUUUAAGGUUAGUAAAAUGGUCUUAGAUUUACUGCUCAAAUUCGAGCCAGACAAUUGUGGUCGUGGUAUUGUGGCUAUUUUCGACAUGGCUGGUGUACAGCUAGGACAUGCGCUGCAAUUGAAUCCACGAAUGAUAAAACAUUCCGUAGAGAGUUGGCAAGCUUACCCAUGCCAACCGAAGUUAUUGGAGUUCAUAAACGCGCCGACACAUGUGAAUAUCUUCUUGAACACUUUCAGAUUAUUUAUGACACCAAAGAUGCGAUCCCGCGUUGUUGUACAAAAACGUCUAACUACAGUGGAAUGUGAUGAAUUACCGAAAGAUUUAGGUGGCAACGGACCGAGUUACAAGGAACUUGGUAUCAAAUGGAAGCAACUCGUGGAGGAUAAUGUUGAUUUCUAUCAGGAAUAUGACAAGCACAAAAGUAUAUUGGCAACAUGAAGAUGCUCAACGAAUCCAUGAAUGGAUAUUAUACAAAUUAAGUAGGCUAUAUAUAUAUGUAUGUAUAUGGGUAUCCGAUAAGCUAUAGAUUAAUUACAUAAA